UGCUAAGCUUACUACGUAUGAGGCACCGCUGUACAUAAUUGUACUCAAGAACACAACCAUUAAACUUCGAGGCAUGUGCAUUUUGAAAGACAUGUCACAGCAGAGUCUGAUAACAAGUUAAACAGCGGAUUUCCAGUGAAAUCAUGAUGAGCAAGACGCUUUAACACUUCAAGAAAGGACUAUGUCAAGUGUGUAUUGUUGAUUGAAGUUAAAAUAUUGACUGCGAUUCGGCUUUAUCAAGAUGAAACGAAUAAUUACUAUAUUAUAAUGAACACUUAUCUAAACGACAAUCACUUUGGAAUGAUUCGUUCGGUCGGUAUCAAAACAAGAGCGCAACUGUGCAGUCAUUUAACCAUAAACAUUUGAACAACAUGUGGGGACAAUGGAUAAUCGCUCUACUUGUGCGUCGACGGUUUUAGCGCAAGACUGUGUGAUCCCAUCGGGUUCGCAGUUCAGCAGGGCUACUUACCGGCCGUAUCACGUCGGGCGAAAGACCUUCUACAACGCCGGGGAGCGGCUGCGUGACACCACGUAUAUCCGUGUGGUAUGUAACAAGGACCGUCAAGGAGAUGCUGUUUUAAAAGUCAGCAAUCAUCUAUGCAGCGCCGGAAAUUGGAGUCCACCACUUCCGGUUUGCCAAGGAUAUAAACGAUGCAGAGCGCCCCCUAGGGUUGAGAAUGCCACAGCGUCCGAAAGAAUCACGCCCUACAUAACCUUUCCCCACCAGACUGUUGUAACCUACAAAUGUAACGCAGACUUCGAUAAGCAUGGAUUGACGUCGAAUGUUACGUGCGUUGACGGCGAAUGGACGUCACCCGACAACAUUUGCAAUACAACCACCACAGCCCCAAUUACAACCAUACUCACAACAACUACCACACACAUAACAACCGAUACACCCAUAACAACCACAACAACAACAGCAGCAACCACCACACUUUCAGCAACUACACCUAUAACAACCAGCCCACAUAAAACAACCAAUUCACCGAAAACCACAACUAUAUCUACAACAAUCACUACAUCUACAACAACCACCAAACCAAUAAUAACCACCACAACCACCUUCACAACAAUACACAAGGCAACGAUGACGUCGGAGAAAAAAGAGAGUAUAGAAAUAACUAAUCAAACUAGAAUAUUAUCAGUGUUCUGUGAGGCCCCGGAUAUUGACUUGUCCAUCCAUUGGGUGUUCAACAACAAGACACAGAUGGAUGAUCUUUCUGAUACCUGGCAUCCGGAUGGAACUGUACUCACUGUGGUGGACCCACGAUGCUCCCAUCGUGGAACCGGAGACUAUACCUGCCAUAAAGGCCAAUGGGUCGCUAAUGCUAACUGCAAUCCAGAUCGGUGUGUGUACGACAGGACCCGAUAUGUCUUCAAACCGAACAUUACUGCGGACCGAUUUGGCCGAAUCACGGAAUACGUAAACUCGGGAACAUUCGUGCACGUAGAAUGCAUCGCACCGAAAGGGAUACCAAGUUAUGACUCUAAGUGCACAGAUUCGAUUUGGUAUCCAGCCCUGCCGAAUUGCGAUGGAGGAAACCAACACAUAUCCAAUAAACAAGAAACAAUAAUUAUCGCCUCAGUUGUACCUUCGGUGGUGAUACUCGGUGGAGUCAUUGCUCUCGCUGUUUAUUGCUGUAAACUUAAAAGAAAGCAAACAGAGAAUCCGACGGACACAAACUAUUUCACAACAACGGAGGUGUUAACGGACAAAUCCAACUACGAUACGCUUGGCAAAUACACAGUGACAGAGCAGGCUAGGGGAACGAAUCGUUAACGAUGCGUCUUACAAAAAUGCAGUUUCAUAAAAAACACAGUUUGUUUGAUGCAAGUAGAACAAAAAUAAAUGUAAACAAGUAUGCUAUACGAUGGCUAAGUUUGAAAAUGAAAUUAAGUUCCAAUUAUUGAAGAUAACAACGAUGACGUGCAUUACCGUUUUGUACACGACAUCACCCCUCGAAAAAUGUGUGUUACUUUUAUGAAAUGUUUUACAUUUAGAAACAUAUUUUUAUUUGAUGUGUGGUCUAAAACUUCUGAAGGUUGCAUAACGAAUUUGUAAUUUAUCUGAGAUAAUGGCUUAUACGUUUGCAUGUAUUGUGUAUUUGAACUAAAACACAAUUUAUCAA